AUGUCCGAAGAAGUAUGGAGUGGAAAUCAAGGAAUCCUGUCCGUAUACGUGAGCAAAGCUAGAGACUUGCCAAAUUUGAAUAAGCUGGACAAACAAAAUGUAAUGCUUAGGUUACGAAUAGCUCAUAUGACAAGAGCGAGUAACACAUUACAUCGCGCAGGUCAAAACCCUGUUUUUCAUUAUUUAGAAGAGUUUGAGAUCACCCCAGAGAUAAGGCCGCUAAUGUACGUAGAGGUUUACUGUGAUAGAAGGAAAAAAUCGCCGUUGCCAAUUGGAAGAUGUGAAAUAGAUUUGUUAAAUGCUAUUAGAGCAGACCCCAAAGAGGGUUAUUGUACCUGGUAUGAACUGAAAAGAAGUGGGGAUGAAUUUGCGGGCACGAUUUUCAUUGAGUUAACAUUCACUCCUAAAGUGGCCCGUUUGAAUAGAGAUGCCCUCAACAAAGAAAUGGAAAGAUUGGAUUCAUCUAUGGCCAUGAGACCGAUACCACCAUUGCCAACUGAAUCAGAAUAUGAUUAUGUUCAUGGCUCUACUAUGAGACAAAUUACACCACAGCGUGUCAGCACAAACCAUGAGAACAACCCUGAGGGAAAUUCCUACAGAAAUGCGAACUUCUUCUCUAUGUCAUCCAAAUCAGACACAGCAGUGUUAGUUAACGAUGAUGAUCCCACAGUUUUGCCACCAACUUUUGCGGCUUCCAUGGGCACAACCUCCACAUUAGAAACUAACGACACUGCUAUAUCAAACACUUCGGAUACCAAGUUCCAUUUUGCCAAUCUAAGAAAACUAAAAGAGAAGAUAAAUAUAUUUAAAAAUCCCGAUAGCUCGACAAACAACUGCCAAAAUGAAUCCAACAAAGUGGACAUUGAGGCACUUCAAAAGGCCAUUGGCGUAACAUCCUUGUCUUACAGUGAUGAUGAUAAUGAUGAUGAUAAUAACAAUAAUAAUAAUAAUGAUAAUAAUAAUGAUGAUAAUGACGAAGACGGCGUACGCAAAGUUUUUUAUUCCUCUAGCCAUAGAGUUUCCCAUAACUUCAAUCAACCACCUUUGCCACCUAUACCGACCAGGAAUGAGACGUCUAAUUAUGUAGGUUCGCACAGUGGUCGUUUAGUUUCGACAGGUAGGGCCUCACGGCAAACUUCUCCUUCUUCUAGCCCACGUCCUCUUCCAUCGGCCUUGAACUCCCCAAGGUUACCGCCUCUACCGACCAGUGUAAAUUCCAACUUUAGUUCGAGGAAAAAUUCAGUGUCACCCACAAGAAGAAGACCACCACCAAGGUUCAGCUAA